AUGGGUGCUACCAAGAUGCUCCGGGGCCCCUGCUCCGCCCUCCUGUUCUGGGGGCUCCUGGGGACCCCCCGUGCCCAGCAGCAGGAGCUCAUCAGCCCCAGCACCUCUGACAGAAACCACUGCCCAGAGAAGGCCGACUGCCCCAUCAACGUGUACUUCGUGCUGGACACGUCGGAGAGCAUCACCAUGCAGUCCCCCACCGACAGCCUGCUCGACCACAUGCGGCAGUUCGUGAAGCAGUUCACCAGCCAGCUGCAGGACGAGGCCUACCUGGACCAGGUGGUCCUGAGCUGGCGCUACGGCGGCCUGCACUUCUCCGACCUGGUGGAGGUGUUCAGCCCGCCCGACAGCGACCGGGCCUCCUUCACCAGGAGCCUGCAGGGCAUCCAGUCCUUCCGCAGGGGCACCUUCACCGACUGCGCGCUGGCCAACAUGACCCAGGAGAUCCGGCAGCACAAGAGCAAGGGCGCGGUCAACUUCGCGGUGGUCAUCACCGACGGCCACGUCACCGGCAGCCCGUGCGGGGGCAUCAAGCCGCAGGCCGAGAGGGCCCGCGAGGAGGGCAUCCGGCUCUUCGCCGUGGCCCCCAGGCAGAACCUGCUGAAUGAGCAGGGCCUUCGGGACAUCGCCAGCAUGCCCUUGGAGCUCUACCGCAACAACUACGCCACGAUGCAGGCCGACUCGGAGAUCGACCAGGACACCAUCAACCGCAUCAUCAAGGUCAUGAAACAUGAAGCCUAUGGAGAGUGCUACAAGGUGAGCUGCCUGGAGAUCCCUGGGCCUCCCGGCCCCAAGGGCUACCGCGGACAGAAGGGUGCCAAGGGCAACAUGGGUGAGCCAGGAGAGCCUGGGCAGAAAGGACGACAGGGAGAUCCAGGCAUCGAAGGCCCCAUUGGAUUCCCGGGACCCAAGGGUGUUCCUGGUUUCAAAGGAGAGAAGGGUGAAUUUGGAGCUGACGGGCGGAAGGGGGCCCCUGGCCUGGCUGGCAAGAACGGGACGGAUGGACAGAAGGGCAAACUGGGGCGCAUUGGGCCUCCUGGCUGCAAGGGAGACCCCGGGAGUCGGGGCCCCGAUGGAUACGCAGGUGAUGCCGGCAGCCCUGGGGAGCAAGGGGACCAGGGCACCAAGGGAGAUGCUGGCCGCCCAGGACGCAGAGGACCCCCAGGAGACAACGGGGCCAAAGGCAGCAAGGGGUAUCAAGGCAACAACGGGGCCCCCGGAAGUCCCGGUGUGAAAGGAGCCAAGGGCGGGCCUGGCCCCCGAGGACCCAAAGGCGAGCCUGGGCGCAGAGGGGACCCAGGAGCCAAGGGCAGCCCGGGCGGUGACGGCCCCAAGGGUGAGAAGGGAGACCCUGGCCCUGAGGGGCCCCGGGGUCUGGCUGGAGAGGUUGGCAACAAAGGAGCCAAGGGAGACCGAGGCUUGCCUGGACCCAGAGGCCCUCAGGGGGCUCUCGGAGAGCCCGGGAAGAAGGGAUCUCGGGGAGACCCCGGUGACGCUGGUCCCCGUGGAGAGUCAGGACAGCCUGGUCCCAAGGGAGACCCCGGCAGGCCUGGAUUCAGCUACCCAGGACCCCGAGGAACGCCCGGAGACAAAGGCGAGCCUGGUCCUCGCGGCCCUGAGGGGAGCAGAGGUGACUUUGGUGCCAAAGGAGAGCCCGGGAGGAAGGGCGAGAAGGGUGAGCCUGCGGAUCCCGGUCCCCCUGGUGAGCCCGGCCUGCGGGGCCCAAAAGGAGCCCCAGGACCCGAGGGAGAGCCCGGCCCCCCUGGAGAUCCCGGCCUCACGGAGUGCGACGUCAUGACCUACGUGAGGGAGACAUGCGGGUGCUGCGACUGCGAGAAGCGGUGUGGGGCCCUGGACGUGGUGUUCGUCAUCGACAGCUCCGAGAGCAUCGGCUACACCAACUUCACCCUGGAAAAGAACUUUGUCAUCAACGUGGUCAACAGGCUGGGGGCCAUUGCCAAGGACCCCAAGUCAGAGACCGGAACCCGCGUGGGCGUGGUGCAGUACAGCCACGAGGGCACCUUCGAAGCCAUCCAGCUGGAUGACGAACGCAUCGACUCCCUGUCCAGCUUCAAGGAGGCCGUCAAGAACCUGGAGUGGAUCGCCGGGGGCACCUGGACACCCUCGGCCCUCAAGUUCGCCUACAACAAGCUUAUCAAGGAGAGCCGGCGCCAGAAGACCCGCGUGUUCGCGGUGGUCAUCACGGACGGCCGCCACGACCCCCGGGACGACGACCUCAACCUGCGGGCGCUGUGCAACCAUGACGUCACAGUGACAGCCAUCGGCAUUGGUGACAUGUUCCACGAGAGGCACGAGAGCGAGAACCUGUACUCCAUCGCCUGCGACAAGCCGCAGCAGGUGCGAAACAUGACCCUCUUCUCUGACCUGGUGGCCGAGAAGUUCAUCGAUGACAUGGAAGAUGUCCUGUGCCCGGACCCUCAGAUCGUGUGCCCGGACCUUCCCUGCCAAACAGAGCUGUACGUGGCCCAGUGCACGCAGCGGCCUGUGGACAUCGUCUUCCUGCUGGACGGCUCCGAGCGGCUGGGCGAGCAGAACUUCCACAAGGCACGGCGCUUCGUGGAGGAGGUGUCCCGGCGGCUGACGCUGGCGCGCAGGGACGACGACCCGCUCAACGCGCGCGUGGCCCUGCUGCAGUUCGGGGGCCCGGGCGAGCAGCAGGUGGCCUUCCCGCUCACGUCCAACCUGACGGUCAUCCACGAGGCGCUGGAGGGCGCGCGCUACCUCAACUCCUUCUCGCACGUGGGCGCGGGCAUAGUGCACGCCAUCAACCACGUGGUGCGCGGUGCGCGCCCGGGCGCGCGCCGCCACGCCGAGCUGGCCUUCGUGUUCCUCACCGACGGCGUCACGGGCAACGACAGCCUGGAGGAGGCGGUGCACUCCAUGCGCAAGCAGAACGUGGUGCCCACCGUGGUGGCCGUGGGCGGCGACGUGGACGCGGACGUGCUGUCCAAGAUCAGCCUGGGCGACGCGGCCGCCGUCUUCCGCGAGAAGGACUACGACAGCCUGGCACAGCCCGGCUUCUUCGACAGGUUCAUCCGCUGGAUCUGCUAG